AUGGAUCUUGGGAAGAUGGACUCGGUUUCCAUUAAAUUUGACGGUAAAAAUUUUGCAAUUUGGGAAUUUCACUUUCGCAAUUUUGUAGCUGGGCAGCGCCUUCUCUCUGUGUUAACCGGCGAGACUAAGCAACCUGGGGAUGAUGCUCCUAUGCGGGAUAUCGAGGAUUGGAAUGCGGGCAAUGCUCGUUUGAUCACUUGGCUUCUAGGUUCCGUCGACAUGCCUACGGGCCUGAGUCUUCGGCGGUUCAGCGCGGCGAGUGAUAUGUGGCGUCAUCUUUGUACCACGUAUGCUCAGAACAGUGCAUCCCGCCAGUUUGAGUUAGAGACAGCGAUCGCACGCUUGGCCCAAGGUGAUCGAGAUAUCCGUGGUUACUAUCAAGCUAGUCUCCAUCUCUGGACCGAGUACGACCUGUUGACGGCUUCACUUGUUCCCGUUGCUGCUUCUGCUGCUGUGGUCGCCGAACGAUCUCGAACUCGGGUGCUUCAAUUCUUGGCCAAACUUCGCUCUGAAUUUGAGCCGAUUCGUGCGUCGUUGAUUCACCGGAAUAUUACUCAGAUUGAUGAUGUCGUGGCUGAGUUGAUGAGAGAAGAAACUCGUCUGAAAAGUCAAGCUCAGAUAGACAACUCGGGCUUCGAAUCUGCCUUUGCUGUUGGCCGCCCACCGGCUGCUUCUCGGCCUCAGUUUGGUUCUCCCGCUACCACUGAAAUUAUCUGUCAUUUUUGCCGGGAACCAGGUCACAUUCAGAUCCAUUGCAAGAAGAAGAAUUUUUGCAAUUACUGUAAGCGUUCGGGACAUAUUGUGCUGGAGUGCCCUACGCUGAGUAGACGUGGCAAGCUUCGUCCAGCCUCGUCUACGGGUUCCUCUUCUUCGGCACGGACAGCAUAUCCCGUGACCCUUGGUGGAGGCGAGGGUAGCUCUACGGCAGCUGGUGGCAGUUCGGGGGCUUCUCUUACGCCGGACCAGAUUCGACGCCUUGUGCAGGAUGCCCUUCAGGAGGCUCUUUCCUCAGCCUUUGCCACUACCGUUUCGCAGGGUAAGUCCUCUCGUUGGCUUUUAGAUUCCGCCGCAUUUAAUCACAUGACCCGUGAUCGUACUAUUUUUGCCAAAUUAAGUCCGGUGGAUUCUAUGAGCCUUCAAGUGGCAAAUGGGGCCACUAUUCCAGUUCAUGGCUCGGGAACAGUUAAUACUGGAUCGAUUGCUCUUCCGAACACCCUUUAUGUUCCUCAACUCCGUCCGAAUUUGGUCUCUGUGGGUCAGCUGACGGAUGAUGGUUGCACCGUCAUGUUUGAUUCGACUGGUUGUGUUGUGCAGGAUCGGGAGACGGGGAGGGUGCUCGGGAGGGGAAGUAAGACUGGACGUGCUUUUGUUCUUGAUGACUAUUGUGGUGCUGAUGGGCAUGGUGUCUACGUAGAUAAGGCUCAUGCAUGGGAAGACUCACGUGGAAACAUGCAUGGACAAAGUCAUCAAGAUACGGCUGGGAAUGGGGAGAAUUGUGGGUUGGAAUGUUCUGGUUCUUUUUGCAAUAAGGAUGAUGUUGUUGAUCUUUCUGCUUAUAGUUUGGAUUUGUCGGUUGGUAAUUCUUUGUGGGAUCUAUGGCAUUAUCGACUCGGUCACCCCCAUUCGGGGCGUUUAAAGACUAUGUUUAGGCAGAAUUUGUUACCCGAUCGGGUGGAUUUGUUGCAAUUGGGUGAUAUCUCUGAUUGUGUGAAUUGCAUUGAGGCUAAGACCUCACAACGGUCUUUUCAGGAUAGUGACUCCGUUUAUGAUGAACCUUUUGAUCUUGUUCACACUGAUCUCUGGGGGCCAUCACCGGUUACUUCUCGUAUGGGUUUCAGGUAUUUCGCGUUGUUCAUCGAUCAUAAAACACGAUACACAUGGGUUUAUUUCCUGAAGAGGAAGUCUGAGCUAGCGACUGUGGCCAAGCAGUUUAUUUCUAUGAUAAGGACUCAGUUUGGUAAAACUAUAAAAAUCUUGAGAUCCGACCCUGGCGGUGAAUUUGUAGCGCAUGAACUCUUAUCAUUCUUUCAGCUUGAAGGUAUCCUUCAGCAGCAGUCGUGUCCUGGAGUCUCGCAACAAAAUGGGGUAGUGGAGCGUAAGCAUCGACAUGUCCUGGAGCUUACUCGUGCCAUUCUUUUCCAUUCUCGAGUCCCGGUUGGUUUUUGGGUUGAAGCGAUACACACGAUUGUAUACUUGAUCAACCGGCAGAUCACACCACUCCUGGGGCAGAAAUCUCCAUUUCAAGCGUUGUACUCAAGGCUUCCAGAUUAUUCAUCCUUGAGAGUUUUUGGUUGCACAUGUUUCGUGAUGUUGCCCCGCCAGGAACGUCAUAAACUAGCUCCGAAAGUGACACGAUGUGUCUUUGUUGGGUAUAGUGAGAAGCAUAAGGGAUAUCUAUGCUAUGACCCGAGCGAUCGCCGCAUGCGGAUUGCAUAUCAUGUUAAAUUCUUGGAAAAGGUUAUGUAUUACUCGACGUCUCAUGUGGAUGCUAGUUCUGCUGAAAGUUUGGAGUUUUUAACAACGUUACCUAUGUUUGAUGAGACUCCCUCGUCGCCCGUCCCAGCUGCCGAGCCCACAAGCUCUUCGAGUUCGAGUGAGUCCGUUGAGCCGUCCUCACCUGAUAAUUCUUCUUUUAGCUCUUCGAGCUCCUCAUCUCCUAGUACUGGUCAUGGGAGAAGUUUGGACACUUCGUCUUCUAGCUCGGACUCUUCCACUUCGCAUCAUGAGGAAUCACAGCCACCUUCACCUACUCAACCACUAAUUCCUUUGCGUCGAUCGGCACGGGCAAAUUUGGGUCAACCUCCUCCGCGUAUGAAUGACUUUGUUAGCUAUUCGGUUGCUCCUAUUACUAUUCCCACACAUUACUCCCAGGCAGCUCGAGACCCACGUUGGAAUGCGGCCAUGCGUGUGGAGAUGGAUGCUUUGGAAGAAAAUCAUACGUGGGAUCUAGUACCCCGUGAGGAAAACAUGCAGGUGAUAGGAAGUCGAUGGGUGUAUAAUAUUAAGAUGCACCCGGAUGGAGCGAUUGAGCGCUUCAAGGCUCGGGUUGUUGCGCAAGGAUUCAAACAGGAGUAUGGUAUCGACUAUGAGGAGACGUUUGCUCCUGUUGUUAAAAUGCAAACUGUUCGUUGUGUGUUUGCAGUGGCUGCAAUGAAAGGGUGGUCUCUUAUUCAGCUUGAUGUGAAGAACGCAUUUCUUCACGGCAACCUGAAGGAAACCAUCUAUAUGGAGCGACCUCCUGGGUACGAGAAAGGCGAUUCUACGAUGGUCUGCAAGUUAAUUCGUUCUCUAUAUGGAUUAAAGCAAGCACCUAGGGCAUGGUUUGAGAAGUUUCAUGGAACUAUUCUUCAAGCUGGUUUUGUACAGAGUCAGAAUGAUCCGUCACUUUUCACACGUCAAACAGUUGAAGGUAUCGUGAUUUUGUUAAUCUAUGUGGAUGACAUGAUUAUUACUGGCAGUGAUCAGGACGGGAUUCGUGAGGUUACGGAGGUGCUGCGAAAUGCCUUUAACUUAAAGGAGAUGGGAGAGGUAUCAUACUUCCUAGGCUUGGAAAUUAAGAGGUCAGCGAAUGGUUUGUUUGUCUCGCAGCGAAAGUACAUUCUUGACCUUUUAGAAUCAGCUCAGUAUACAGAUUGCGUUCCGUGCUCGACGCCCAUGGAACAAAAUUUAAAGUUGAGUCGAGAAGAGGGAGACAAGUUAAAAGAUCAAUCCCUUUACAGGAGCCUUGUUGGAAGUCUGAUCUACUUAACCCACACUCGUCCAGAUAUAUCGUAUGCAGUACAGGUCGUGAGUCAGUUUGUUGGAGUUGCUACUCACCUCCACUUGGCUGCGGUUCAGAGGCUUCUUCGAUAUUUGAAGCAGACACAAGACGUUGGGUUAUUAUUUCCGGCAACAGGAGACCCUACUAUAGAGGCAUUUGCCGAUGCUGACUACGCAGGGUGUCUUGAUACUCGUAAGUCUACGUCUGGGUGGUGUGUCAGAGUUGGCCAGGCUUUGGUUUCAUGGAGGUGCAGAAAGCAAGAUCGGGUUUCAAAGUCCUCAACCGAAGCGGAAUAUCGGUCGAUGUCUGAGGUCAGUUCAGAAUUGGUCUGGUUACAUCGUUUGCUUAAAGAAUUGGGUGUUGAUUGUCGAGUUCCAAUGCGCAUAUAUGGGGAUAACACGAGUGCUAUACAGAUUGCUGUUAAUCCUGUUAUGCAUGACAGGACCAAACAUAUUGAAGUCCAUGUUCAUUACAUCAGGCAAUUAGUGGCAGAAGGAUUAAUUCAAGUUGGGUACUUAUCUACAGAGGAUCAGACGGCAGAUUUAUUAACAAAGGCUGUUGCUUCCAGUAGGCAUUGGUACCUGUCAUCCAAAUUGAUGUUGCGUACUGCACAUCAAUUUGAGGGAGGGUGUUGA